UCUCUGGUAACUUAAACUAAGUAACAUCGAUAUUGAUAUGGCAAUAUAAAAUGGAUCUGAAUAAGAUGGCAUCUGAUAAAAAAGUUUUCUCUGAUCAGACCCUUAAUUCGUUAGGAUUUCAGCCCCUUCUCUUAAGCUCGAAAUUUGCUAGCAAUUUUGUGGGGUCCAUUUUCAUCUCUACACUUAUCCAAAUUGCUCAUGGAGAGUCAAAGCAACUAAAAAGAAUAAACUAAAUAAAAAGACAAAGCCACUACCGCAGAACUAAAUAAAAGGAAAAUGUUCGCCUUCAAUCUCCUCAACUCCCCUCGCACCAUUAAAACCCCUUCUUCUUCUCCUUCUUCUUUACCUCCUCCUCAAACCUACUUCGUCUCCUGCGCUCUCUCCUCUCCCUCUCCCUCUCCCCCAUCCUCGCGAGAAGAAGCCAUUUCCCAAGCCAGAACCUCCCUCUCCACCACCCUCCAAAAGCCCCUCAACAACCCCCUCCCCUCCCUCCCCACGCGCAAGCUCAAGAAGCAGAAGCAGCCCAGGUUCCGCGUCGAGAUCCCGCUCCUCGACGACUCCCCAACCUCUCUCGCCCAGCUCGCCGGCGAGCUCUUCUCCGACGUGCUCAUCAUCAAAAAGGGCUCAAAACCACCAUGCAUCCUCAUCCUCUGGCCCUCCCCUGCUCUUCUACAAUGCGCCCACCAGGUGUUCGACGCAAUGCCCAGCUCCGUUGUCAACUCGGACGUGGCCUCUGUUAUCCCGGAGCAACUCGGCUCCGCGGAUUUCGUAGUGUUCUCGGCGCCGGAGCGAGCCCAGUUGGAGGAGAUUAGGGCCAUCACCAAUGCUUUGUACCCAAAACCCGCGAUUUUGUUCAACCCAAAAUGGGCUUUUGAGGAGGAGAAGGACUUUGGUGGGGGACUGGGGAGCUUCGUUGGGUCCUUUGAUGUGGUGUAUUCCUUCAUGGGCUUGGAGGUGAGGGGGAUCCUGAGCAAGAGGAAAGGCGUGGUUUUGAGGUUUGUGAAGGAUGGGGUGUUGAGUGGGGAAGGUUGGGUGGUGAUGGUGGAGGAGGAAGGGGAGCAGAAGAAGAAGGGGGAGAUGAGGGUGGUUUCAAGGUUUAAGAAGCGGCCGUCGAUCGGCGAGGUCGAGAGCGUUCUCUAUAACCUCAUGGCGGCGAAUUCGCCCGUGACGAAGUCGGUGAAGUUCCUCAGAGACUUAGCUUCCAAUGUCGUCACCGGAAAGAAGCCGAAGCAGGGAACAACGAUCGUGGAGCAGAGUGUGAUGGAUACUGCCAUGACGUGUUACACGAGUCUGCUAGCCGAGGAGACAAGACGAGGUCGUCAAGAUGUGCUGUGAUGGAGUGGGUGGUCGUGUCUUUCUCCUUUUUGGGAAUAGAAGUAGGCGCCGAUGCUGCUUUGUUUUCAGGCGUUGGACGCAGAUAUGAGAUAUAGGGGUAGUAGUAGCUGCAUUUGUCCCAUUCUCUGUUGUAAUAGUAGCAUGCUGUGUCGCCCAUGGUGAGUCCAGAAUACGUAUAGAGGGUAGACGGAUAGCUGGUAUAGUGAGGAAAGUUGAUAGGGGGGUAGCUGGAGAAGCGAGAAAGGUAAAGUUAGAAAGAUAAAUUAGACAUUUAUGUAGGAUUUGUCACAGUAAGAAACUUUGUAAUGUAAGCAGAGAUCGACCCAACUGGCCUUUCUAUAAUGAAUGGGGCAGUGUUUGGUUGCAUCUAGAAGAACUCGAAAGUAGUUUUUAGCCUGAAAAGUAGUUUUCCGCAUAUUUGAUUGCAUGUAUUUUAGGAAAAACCAUCUUCAAUAGUUUUAUGCAACCCAGCAUACUCACCGUAGGAUGCAGAUCGUGAUUCAGGUGGGUGCGCUUUUUCGUCGUCAUCUAAUUAACAUCAACAUAACAAACAUAAUAGUAAUAUAGCAUGAUUACUCUAGCAGUUAUUCUGUAUCAUCUUGAAGUGGAACGUAGAACUCUUACGUAAGUUGAACGAAAUCUGGAGCUGCGUCUUAUCGUAAAGAGUAAACAUGAUAAGCAUUGCGAUUUAUCGACGCGCAAUAUGAAUCAUAUAAUCAUAUGAUAAACAAUGAAAGUGCAUGAAACAAAAGUAAAAGUUACCUCACGGGGGGAUACAAAUUGGAGCCCUCCAUGGUGUGGGGGGUGUUCUCCUGCAUCGUAGGGUUCAUCAGUGUUAACAAUAGACACAAAAGAAAUUGGAGCAAUAGAGUAAAACCCUUAAUUAAUGUGUGUGUGUGUAUAUAUAUAAUGUAAUAUGGAUGAGAGAAAAGGGAGCGGGGUUUGUUACAAAAUGAGAUUUUUUUGGAUUUGUUCAGUGGGAGUUAUUUCAAACAAAAUUUGUUGGAUCACUUUGAAGGGAUUAUUUUGCCUUUUGAAAAUGUUUUGUUUUGAUUCAUUUAAUUUGAUUCGUUUUUGUAAUAUUUAGUAAUCAUUGGCUACA